AUGAACUAAAAUGUCGGACUCUGAGGAUGAGGGCUCCGAGAAACAGUUUAAACUUGUUCUCCUGGGUGAACCACAGACUGGGAAAACAUCCAUCUGUCAACGGUACACAAGUAGUCAAUUCUCUAAACAAUAUCACCCAACUACAGGAGUGGACUUCUACCUCAAAAGAACCAAAUUACCGGGGUCGAAAAAUAUAGCUCUCAAAUUAUGGGACGUCAGUUCUACCUCUUUAUCAGGACGAAUGCUGGAUAAGUAUGUGUUCGGGGCGGAUGCCAUUAUGCUGGUUUACGACGUGACGAGCGCAUCUAGCUUCGAGAACUUGAAGGAGUGGUUGGAACAAUCUAAAAAAAUACUGGCUGGACAAGAGAAAAAACCUAGUUUUGCUCUGGUCGCGAACAAAAUUGACCUAGAACACCUUCGCGCAAUUAAAUCCGAUCGACAUCACAAAUUCGCACAGGACCACGGCCUGCUCACCUACGCACUGUCCGCCAAGACCGGGGAGGGUGUUGUACUCUGUGUACAGAAGAUUGCCGCAGAUUUACUCGGGAUCCGUCUGACCAAGCAGGAGCAGGAACAGCACGGGGCCGUCGUCAAGGCUGAGAUUGUUCAGUACAAGCAGGAGGCGGCGUUACCGCGAAACCCGCAAACCAGCACGGCAUCGGCGGUCUGUGCCGUAAUGUAAACAGGGUACUCGACCACAGCAAUAAUAAUUCCUAGGAGAUUAGAUUUAAAUUUGAAUAUAAAGCUAUAUACCAAAAUGCCUUGAUAUCCCAUUUUGUGAAACUAUUAUCUCAUUUACAAAUUAAAAUGUUUAAAAUCUAUUUAA